AUGUGGAGUCUGAAGGCGCUCGAGCGAGCGUUGCCCCCCGCUCUCGGCGCCCGUGCGGCCUUUGCGAGCUCUGCCGCGGCGGUAACUGCUGCAGCAGCAUUCGAAGGUGUGCGUCUCAACAACUUGCGUGACAACGAUGGCGCCCACAAGCGCAGUAAGCGUUUAGGUCGCGGCAUCGGCUCCGGCAAAGGCAAGACCUCGGGGCGCGGACACAAGGGACAGAAGGCGCGCUCGGGCGGCGGUUCUGGACGUGGUCCUGGCUUCGAAGGCGGACAGACGCCGCUGUACCAGCGCGUGCCCAAGCGCGGGUUCAACAAUAAGUUUGCGACGCCCAUGGAGACCUUGAACGUGGACAAACUCCAGCUUUUCGUGGACAUGGGACGUCUGGAUACGAGCAACACGAUCACAAUGAAGGAUCUUGUGGACUGCGGCAUCGUGACGUGCUCGCGCGUGAAGCACGGGGUCAAGUUACUGGGCAACGGCAGCCAGCACUUUACAGCGAAGCUGGACAUUGAAGUCUCACAGGCGUCUGCGUCGGCGAUCAAGGCAGUCGAAGCGGCUGGAGGCAGCAUCACUUCGGUCUACCACAACCGACUGGCGUUGCGUGCGCUGCUGAAGCCCCACAAGUUUGACACGAUUCCGCUGUCGGCUCGCCCGAACCCCAAGAAGCUCACGUACUACACCAACUACGAGAAGCGUGGGUACUUGUCGCCGGAGAUUCAGGUCAAGAAAGCGCUGGCCAAUGCCCAAACGUCGGAAUAG